UGUGGACAGGGAGAAGCAGGUGGGGCAAAAGGAGCAGGGGGAGGAGGAUGAGGAGGGGGCGCAGGAAGGCAUUCGAGGAACGCGGCAGGAGCGGGCGGGCUCUGGCGAUGCGGGCAGCGUGGACCCUCGGGAACCCUCCCUCGCUGGGGAAACUGAGGCAGGGAGCGGGGACACCCCAUGCUGGGGGACUCGGGGGUCUCACCGCAGCCCGUCCCCUCGCAGUGAGCGAGUGCCGCCGCCGUCCCCCGUGAGCCCGGCCAUGCCCAGCGCCGCGGUGCCACCGGGGGGGCUCCCCAUGAUCCCGGCCGAGGGCUCGGCGCUGCUGCGCGCUGUAUCCCAAGGGAAAUUCCGCCUGACCCGCCUGCUGCUGGAAGGGGGAGCCUACAUCAACGAGGGCAACGCCGCGGGCACCACGCCGCUGAUGGCGGCGUGCCGGGCCGGCUACGCCGAGCCGCCCGAACAGCCGCGGAUGGUGCAGUACCUCCUGGAGAACGGAGCCGACCCCAACAUCCCCGACAAAGCCGGCAAAACCGCGCUCAUGCACGCCUGUGCCGAGCGCGCCGGCCCCGCGGUGGUCGCCACUUUGCUGGCCCACGGUGCCGACCCCAGCGCCCGGGAUUACGGCGGGGGCUCGGCGCUGCUCUACGCCCUGGAGCGCGGGGACCGGGAGACGCUGCAGGCGCUGCUGGACGCGUGUCGGGAGCGCGGGCGCGAUGUCAUCAUCAUCACCUCGGCCACGUCGCCCCGAGGCACCAAGACCACCCGGCAGUACCUGAACUCGCCGCCGUCGCCCGCUCUGUGCGCGUCCCCGUCGCAGGUGCAGGUGCGGGCGGCGGCGUCGCCGGGAGCCACCGGGAGGGACGAGGAGCGCGACGUGUUCCGCUUCCCACCCGCUCCAGAACCGGCCCGGGCCGGGCCCAAGCGGCAGCUGAAGAGGCUGAACUCGGAGCCGUGGGGGCUGGCGGUGCCGGGGGUGGAGGGGAUGCGCGGGGGACACUCGGAGGGGACACAGGGACCCCCAGAGGGAGCACGGAGAGCCUUAGAUGAGAUACUGGGAGCCCCGGAGGGGACAAGGAGACCCUCGGAGGGGACACGGGGACCCUCAGAAGGGUCGUGGGGGUCUCCUGAGGGGUCACCGGAAGGGACCUCGGUCCCCCCGGAGCGGCUGGCGGCGGGGCUGGAGGGGCUGCGGCUGCGCCCUCGCCGGCACAGCGUGGAGGGACGCGAGGUCUCCGGGCUGCCAGCGGCCACCUGGGCAGAACGCGUGCCCGCCGUGCCCGCUCCGGGCCGUUUCCCUCCCGAUCCUCCACGGGGCAAACCCUUACGCCGGGAACCCGAGCUAGGCACCGCUCCCGGGCCGCUGCGGCUGCUGGAGCGCCGCGGCUCCGGAACGCCGGCCCCGGAGCCGCCCGGGCCGGGCAGGGCCGGGCUGCUGCCCCCGCUGCCCCCCCGAGCGCUGCUCCGCCGCCACUCCAUGCAGCCGGAGGCGCUGCGGCACCUCGGGGGCUUCUGCGGGGGGCUGGCUGCCGAGCCCGGCUCUUAGGGACCCCUCCCCAGCGUUAUAGAGACCCCCCCCCAAGGCUAGGAUCCCUUGGGGAAAGCCUCGCCCUGGGUGGGGGCUUGCUCUGAACCCUGCCGAGGGUCGACUCUUCCAUCCCUCUGUCGGCACAAACUCUGCACGAGCCCGAAUUUGGGGAGCUGGGGGGUGCACCCCAACUCCCAGCCCCCCCCCCAGUGUCCCCCUCCUGCUCCUGCCUCA